UGGAUCGGGGGCGGGGCCCGGGCCGAAGCGGGGAAGGCGGGAGCUUCCAGGCCGCGCUGGUCGGGCUCGCUGGGCGAGCCGAAACGCCUCCAGUUUUCAAAACAAAGAGGAGAAGCGGGAGGCGUGUGUGGCGCGCAGGGUUCAGAUAGGUCUCUUCUGCUCGGGCGCUUCAGCAUCGCUGGGGGGCAAUGGAGGGGAGCCUGGGAAGCGGCCGGCUCUCGAGGUCAGACGGUCAGCCGGCGCCUCCGAAGAUCUCGCCGGCCACAGAGGAGCUGCAGAGCCGCUUGCAGGAGACCCUGGACUUGCUUUCCUCGCAGGAGCUGCGCAGCUUCCGCGACCACCUUAAGAAAGUGGAGCCGCGCGUGAGCCAGCUGAAGCUGGAGCUGGAGGGCCACAGCCCGUCGGGGCUGGCCAAGCUUCUUGCCAAGCACUACUACCCGCCGGCCAUCGCCAACGGCGUCCUUGUCCAGGUGCUGCGGCUGCUACCCCGCGCAGACCUGCUGCCGCGCUGGCAGAGCGCCCCCACCGACUGCCCUGUGAUUCCACGAAAGAGUCUAAAGAGAAGCUAUGACUGUGUGGAUGGUGAAUUGCAGUACCGUUAUGACCUAAGUGGCAAGCGGAAGGCCUUCCUCAUGUGUGUGAAGAAGAACAGGCCAGGAGCUCACCAGGAUGUCCUACUGAUGAAGGAUUGGCUUAACGAGUGCAAGUUCGAAGAGACGUUGUAUGAUCCUGACAAAAUGGACUUACUUGAAAAAAUAACAUCAUUUCGUGAUGAGCUAAAUGAAAUUAAAGAUAACAUUGGAUGUUGCCUUGUUACUCUUAUGUCCCAUGGAGAAGAAGGUUUUAUCAAAAUGAAAGAUGGUGAAAAAGUCAGCCUGGAAGAUAUUUUUGAAAUGUUUAACAAUAAAAAUUGUCCAGCACUUCAAGAGAAACCGAAAAUCUUUAUAAUCCAGGCCUGCAGAGGAGAGAGAAGAGACAGUGGUGUUGAAACAGAUGAUGAACCCAUGGACUUGGAUGAUGGAUCAGAGAAGAAGAGGCUGCCUACAUUUAGUGACUAUUUCAUCAUAUAUCCCACCCAAGCAGAUCAUGUUGCUUUACGGGAUCCCCGCACCGGCUCUGUGAUGAUCAAGGAGAUGACCGAAGUCUUUAAGCAGUAUGGGAAUAAGUGGCACCUCGCUGACUUCUUUACCAUAGUGAAUAACAGAGUGGUGCACCGUGACUUUAGUCUGUAUAACAAACCCGUAAAAAUAUCGCUGGUAAUGGAGUCAACUUUAACAAAAUUUGUAUACUUUUGACACAAGGAUGAUUCAAAACACAAGGACUGCUUUGCAACACAGUUUCUAAAGAGCCCUGAGCGUUUGUAGCAUUGCACUAAUGGUUACCAUUUUGCAUUAUUCUUGGCACUCAUGUUUCUUCCGUUUGUUUUGUAUAUAUAUGUAUAUAAUUUUUCUAAGAUUUAAGUCUGCUUACUUGAUACUUGUGAGUCUUCUUUUCUUUUUUAUAAGAUCGCUGUUUUCUGAAAAAAACACUUUCCUGAACUGUUAUCAAAACAUGGGCAUCCAACUCCAUUUGUGUGCUGUUUUUAUCCCGCGUUUCUCUUGGUGAUUACCCCACCCUCGGCACCCUCAGUUUGGUGCUGGUGUUAUGACUUAUUUUCUUGGUUUAGUCAAGAAUUGCUAGGUGUGGUCUUGUCCUCUUAUUUCCCCAGACUGUUGUCUGUAGCCAGUCUGAUCUCUUGGAAUCCGCAAGCCAUUCUCCGGUCUUAACCUGGAUCACUCUGGGCCCUGAUGCCCUCAUGUGUUUACUUUGCACUUGCUUCCCACCUUCCUCCUUGCUCCUUAUACCUUUGAGCUGCUGUUUUCUCCACUUGGAACCCUCUAUUCCACCCCACAUAGGUAAGUCCUUGCCAUCCUUUAGAAUUUGGUUCAAGCAUCACUUACACAGGGAGGCUUUCCGUAGCUCCCAUGCUAGGUCAGCCUCUUCUAAGUGCUCAGAGACUCUCUGCUUCUCUUCUGUAGCAUUGAAAUGACUCUCUAGUGCCUCCUUUCUCUCUCUCUCUCCAGUUUAGUCAUGAGCUCCAAGAGGCAGAGGCUGCGUGUCUCAUUCAUGGCUGUAUCCUAGCUUCCGUCCGCACCUUAGGACACAGAGAGGCCAUGCAGUGAACGUUUUAGUGAGUGACUGAUCCCUGUGUUUUAAUUAUUUUACCCAUUCCGCAGACCUGGCCUCUUGCAUAUCUAGCCACCUGCCAUUCAUCCCCACACACAUGCAUGUCUCAUGGCUGCUUUCGCUCACCAAGUUGGAAGUUAACCUGAGUUUCCCUGAAAUCCUUUCAUACAACCCAUCCCAUUGUUCAUAAUCCUUUGACUCCCCACUGCCUGCAGGAUAUACCCCCCAAGUCCCCUGGGAGAAUAUUGCAGGUCUUUCUCGGUCAGGCUCAGUCUUCACUACUCAUGUCCUGCCUGUCUGCCCUGGGAAUCCGCCCCCCCUUAAUAAUCCUGUCUCACAGAAUCGGGCUUGUGAAUCAGUGGAUGUGGGUGAACGCUCCUGGGUAUGCCAUCGCCCCGGAGUUCAGCCCCUCCUUUCGGGCUGAAACGCCCUUCCUUCCUGUGUGCUUCCCUCCUACUGCGUAUUCUUCAGAAGCAACUCGGGUCCCAUCCCACAGUAAAGAAACCUGUAUGUAUACUAAUGUUUUUAGAGUCGCAAACUGUGGACUGAGCAUGAAUUUUUGUAUGCGAACUUUUGUUGUAACUCUGGGCUGCUUCUGGACCUCGGUUUCCUCAUCUGUAUGAAAGGAGGUUUGGCUCAGCAGACCCUGGGAACUCAGGUCCCUGGUCUUCAGUGAACUUGGACUGCUUCGUGAACUUGCGUCUGAACACCCUGCAGCUGGGACUGUUGCCGAACCUAAGGGUUCAAGCUGGCAGUUGCAUAAGACCGCUGGGCCUGUGUGAGGAUGCAGGUGGUUAGUGAGAAUCCUCUGAAGAUUGAGAGCCAAAUGAACUGAAGCAAUCUGGAAUCUCCAGGCCUAUCUCCAUUUCAGAGAUCAUUGUGUCCAUUUUAGGUAAUGUGAUUUCUAAAGUAUAAACAUGUGAUUUAAUUUUUAAGCAUUUGCAUUCUGAUACUUGAUAUGUAGCUUUGGUUUUGUAUAGAGCAUUAAAAUGUCUCCGGUUCAUAAAACAUGA